UGCAUGCCCGCCCGAGCAGACGAUGCGGAAUUGCUGCGAUUUCGCGAACGCGCUCAGCGUCACGCCCGACCGACGCCGAUCGGCGACCACUUACGCGCCAAGUACGCACCGCUGCCGCGCCAGCACUUACCAUUUUCCCGCAGGAGUCGGCUAAACAACAGCAGCGAUCCGGGCGAGCGCCAACGCCAUAAAAAUGUCGCGUAUCGGAGGUCUCGGAGCACGACUAGCCAGUACGUCGGCAGCUACGAAGGCACCUGGGAAGACAUUGGACUCGAUAAUAAGGGUCGAUCAUGCUGGCGAAUUGGGAGCUGAUAGGAUAUACGCCGGACAAAUGGCUGUGCUAGGCAGGACGCAAGUCGGACCGACCAUACAACGCAUGUGGGAUCAGGAGAAACGGCAUCGCGCCAAAUUCGAGGAGUUGGUCCGAAAGUACCGGGUCAGGCCCACCGUUCUCACCCCUCUGUGGAAUAUCGCCGGCUUCGCUCUGGGUGCCGGUACUGCCCUGAUGGGCGAGAAAGCGGCCAUGGCGUGCACCGUCGCUGUGGAAACCGUGAUCGUCGAGCAUUACAACGAUCAGCUGCGUACGUUGAUGGAGAAUAAGGGAAACGCGGACGUGGACGAGGAGAUUCUCGAAACUAUUAAGAAAUUUCGCGACGAGGAGCAGGAGCAUCACGAUACCGGCAUCGAUCACGGUGCCGAGCAAGCACCGUUCUACCAGGCUCUCACGAACGUGAUCAAGUUCGGCUGCAAAACAGCCAUAUCCAUCUCCAAAGUGAUAUGAAUUAAGGUGAAGAGCGUCUCCAAAUGUUUCCCCUCGUUAAAGAUACAUGUAUGUAUCCUUAACACGUAGAUUGUAAAUAAUAUUACAAAUAUAUACGAUUGUACUUUGUACAAAACCUAAUAAAUUAUCAUUAGCUAGAAAGA